AGUUACGAUUUUAUCGAAAUUUAUCCCAUUUCUAACCCUGGAGACUGCGCACGAGUCCUUCGAUGUUAGCCAAUCAACAUCGUCUUAGCGGCAAGCAGAGCUCGUUUCAGCCAAUAGCUUUAUUUUAUUUCAUUUCAAUUUUUUAAAUUUUUUUUUACAUGACGUGUCGUGAUUAAUUACCUAAGAUUGCUGGCUCUUAAGUUUGUUUACUUCCUGAUUCAAGAUGGCGGCUGUUUCAAGCGUGAAGAUUUUGCGUAGCAAAUUUAGCGGCUGUCUCCUUGGGGCGCUGUUUGGCGAUGCGUUGGGGGCAGAGUUUGAAGGCUACUAUUGGAUGUCACCCGUACCCGAGUGGGCAUUUGAAGUUUUUUCUGAAGAAAAGCUUUUGAACUUUCGGGAAAUGGAUAAACCCCGUUUCAAAUUCACUGAUGAUUCAGCCAUGAUGAUGGCCUUGUGUCGUUCUUUGCUGUCCGAAAAGACGCUUAACAUCAAGAAACUAGCUCGGGAGUAUACCGAGACGUUUUACCGUGAGCCAUAUCGUGGUUACGGAGGUGGAGUGAAAAGUGUUUUUCGCAGAUUACGAGAUGAAACGUUCAAGGAUGUCACCCUGCCAGCACGAGAGCAAUUUGACGGAAGUGGCUCGUAUGGCAACGGAGCUGCAAUGAGAGUCGCUCCUAUCGCUUUGUUCAACCACGAUAACCUCGAGGAGCUUAAGAAAAAUUCCGCCCAAAAUGCUCUGGUAACGCACGCGCAUGCGCACGGCAUUAACGGUGCGGUUCUUCAAGCAAUGGCUGUUCACGAAUCAUUGCAAACACCGCCAGGAACUCUUGAUGUUGAAGGAUACAUCGACAAAAUGAUCGCUGCUGCUGAAGAGUUGGAGAGGGUCGAGGUGGAGAGUGUCGAGGUGGAGAAUGUCGAGGUGGAGAAUGUCGAGGUGGAGAAUGUCGAGUUAAAUGAACCAGCAGAAAAUUCCAACAUUUGCGAUGCUUUUUCUCGGAGGCUUUUGUAUUGUUUCACACUCGGAAACAGUCGAUCGAACGAUGAAGGUCGAACACCCGACGAGGAACAACGGAGAUAUGACAUAUACAUAAGCCCCAAGUCGUAUGUAGAUCAGUUUCGAAAUAUCAAAGAAAUGUUAGUGGGAUCCAAAGACAACCCAAGCACUCAGCAUGUCAUUAAUACCUUGGGCACUGGCAUAAAGGCCAUCGAGGCAGUUCCAGCUGCGAUAUUUUCUUUUCUGUACAAAUCUGAUGCCUGUGUAAAAGAUGUCCUGUUCUACGCCAUGUCUCUGGGUGGCGACACUGACACCAUUGCAUGUAUGGCGGGCGCAAUCGCCGGAGCGUACUGGGGCCGAGAAAAUAUCCCGGAGGAUUGGUACCCAGUCACAGAGGGGGUGGAAAAGAUGACCCAGUAUGCCGAUGAACUUUACGAGUUGCGUGUUCCGCAAAGCACUGGUUAAAAAGACUACAGAAUAAAUGAAGUCCUUUCAAAGAUCUUUUAGACGCUGAUUGUAGAGGGCCAAAGUGUUUAGUGACUGAGUUUUUAUCGGUCAAAGAGAUGCGAUGCAAUAGAAUUUUAUUUAAGGAACAUAGAAACCUAUAGUAUGGUGUCCGUUUUUCCGCUAAAGGCUGCUUUCCACUUACGCGUUUUUUAUACGCACGUACAC